AUGGUGCUGGUGGGGAAGACUGGAGCAGGGAAGAGUGCAUCAGCAAACACCAUCCUGGGAAGAGAAGGCUUUGAAUCUAAGAUGUCACCUAAUGCUGUGACAAAAGAGUGUAGGUUACAUGAGGUCAAGUCAGGUGGAAAGACCAUCUCAGUUACUGACACUCUGGGUGUGUAUGACACAGAUUUAGAUGAUGAGGCUUUGAGGCGUGAGCUGGAAAGCUGUAUUUACAUGACAGUUCCUGGACCCCAUGUGUUCCUGCUAGUGAUCAGUCUUGGGGUUAGAUACAGCAAGGAAGAGAAAGAUGUAGUGCAGUGGAUCUGUGAUCAUUUUGGGAAGGAAGCUUUACAGUAUGCAGUCGUACUCUUCACUCACACUGAUGGGCUCAAAAAUAGGCCUUUAGAGCAAUAUGUUGGUGAAAGUGAGGAUCUCCAGACACUCAUUAGGGACUGUGGGGACAGAUUUCAUGGUUUUAACAAUAAUGACAGAAAUCCAAAUCAGGUCACUGAACUGCUGCAGAAAAUUGAAUGCAUGGUGGAGAGCAAUAGAGAGAGGGGAAAAGAACACUAUACUAAUGACAUAUACAAGACAGCCCAGAAACAGAUUGAAGACGCUAGGAGACUAAAGAAGGGAAAAGAAGUAGCUCCGGGAGUCCUAAGAUGCACUGUGCAGUAG